CAGGGAAGGUCUCUGAGGUCCAGAGCUCCAAUUUAAGCCAGCCUUCCUGCCUCCUUCUCACCAUGAGGAGAGUCAACUCGGCAACUUCGAGCAUCCAGAACCACGAAGAGAAACAAGGGUGGGAGAAGUGGGUGCCUCGUUCAGAACCAGGAACAGCUUCUUCCAACAUGGACUGAACUACUCUUCGGUAUAUCCUCCUCUGGUCAGGAGCUGAGUGCAUCUGAGCCUCUUCCAGGAGCACCAUCAGCCAGAACAGAUCUGAAGCUAUUGUCCUUCGACCGUCACGCGAGGAGACCAGAUGUUCGUCUUGGGGGGUGAGGACAAGGAACAACAGAGAGAGACGGUCUUUUAUAGAAUAUCCAAAGCAUUCCAGAUGGAGAGGUCCCUGGAGGUGGGCAACAUGACCAGAGUCCAGGAGUUUGUCUUGCUGGGAUUGUCCACCAGGGCAGACAUAAGGGAUGUCCUGUUUGCCGUCUUCCUGACCCUCUAUGUGCUGACCCUCCUGGAGAACACACUCAUCAUCUACCUCGUGUGCAGUCACAGCGAGCUCCACAAGCCCAUGUACUUCUUCCUGGGCAACCUCAGCUGCCUGGAGAUGUGCUACGUGUCAGUGACCGUGCCCAGCCUGCUCGUGGGGCUGCGGACCGGUCCCUGCCAUGUGCCCUUCACAGCCUGCAUGACCCAGCUCUUCUUCUUUAUAGUUCUCAUCUGCACGGAGUGCACCCUCCUGGCGUCCAUGGCCUAUGACCGCUACGUGGCCAUCUGCCGCCCACUCCACUACCCCCUGCUCAUGAGGCCCCGGGUCUGCCUGGGCUUGGCCCUGUCCUCAUGGCUUGGGGGGCUGCUGGUCUCGGUGGCCAAGACGACAUGCAUCGCUAGCCUGUCCUACUGCGGUCCCAACGUCCUCAACCACUUCUUCUGUGACGUCUCCCCUCUGCUCAACCUGUCUUGCACUCAUGUGGCCCUGACCGAGCUGGUGGACUUCAUCUCUGCCAUUGUCAUCUUCUGUGGGACACUGUUGGUAGCACUGGCCUCGUACUCCGCCAUCGGGGUGGCCGUGCUCCGCAUGCCGUCAGCCGCCGCCCGGCGCAAGGCCUUUUCCACCUGCGCCUCCCACCUGGUGGUGGUGGGCAUCUUCUACUCAGCAGCCCUCUUCAUCUACUGCCGUCCCAGCCGCAUCAAAUCCAUGGACCUCAACAAGGUGCUGUCCGUCGUCUACACGGUGCUCACACCCAUGUGCAACCCCGUCAUCUACUGCCUGCGGAACAGGGAGGUACACGCGGCGCUUCGGAAAACUCUCCACUGA